AUGGACAUCGAUGAGAUUUCAGCGGGUGGCCUGUCAAAGACACAGCAGGAAUGGUUGCAGAAGCUGCUCCCUAUCCUUGGCCUUAAGGGCGUGGAAUACCUCAUUCCCAGGGCGAAGGAGAGGUUAACAAGCAUGCCUUCUUCUUCGCCUUCGCCCAUGGCGACUAUGGCGCAGGAAGUGGUCCGCCGACCAAAACCCAUACAAAUGGAAGUCGAUAAGUUCGACGGCAAAGAAGGUGACAGCCUUAUGCUUUGGUUCCGACAGGUUGAGUCGGCUAUGUUUAUAGCCGACAUCACCUAUGAACCAUACCGUGUUGGCUUUGCCACGGGUAAGCUGGGUGGUUAG